UGUCGUAACUAGUUGUUUACUACAUGGAAGAAAUAAGAAGAACCAAAGAGCAGAUCACGAAAUAUUUCUAGCGAUAAUCAGAUGGUGGUGAUGUAAACACGUGAUACAUUUUUUUUUCUGACCAAAGGGACAAAAUCUAUUUUCGAAAUGGAUCAUUUCCACAUCUUCGACAACGGGAACCAAGUCCCCCCUUGGCAUAACGAUUCAAUGGAUGUGUCGAUUAAGGGUUGUUUUGUUGGCUACGACACAGUGGCCUGCAUAAGACGAAGUGUUCUAUCAGCACUUAUGAUAGUUACAUUUGUCAUGUGUUUUUUCAAAGUAGGACGUUUUCAUGCUGUACACCAUGAGCAAGUUCAUCAUUAUGUCAUUUUCUACAUGGCUCUCGUUGAGUGCAUCAUUUGUGUUGUCAAUUGGAUGCUCAGCGGACACUACCCUGAACUGGAUUUGGGUGCAACAGCCUUAAAAGUUUUGCAACUUGUUACACUGUGCCAUUUUCAUUGGAUUCAAGCUUUUAGGAUCCUUCACAGAGAAACAAUUGCAAGAAAUGUCUGGUUCCCUCUGAUGGGUAUUUUCUCAACUUAUGUGGUGGCUGUUGCAGCAAUCGGAAUCUUAGAUGUGGGACCCAGCUGGACCGAAUGCCUCAAGCCAUAUUGGGUGAUGCUCUCUGCUGCAGAUUUUUUGGGUGUUCAGCUUUUUCUGAUAGCUGGCAUCUACAUUACUCGCAAAAUCAAUGAGGUGUCCACCUUGGAAUGUGUCAAGAAAACACAGAAAAGAAAUCUUUGGGCGGUCAUAUUUGCUUUUGAAGUUUCAGCAAUCACUGGGCUUGUUUAUGAUGUCACAAUCAAAAUAAUGGGAGAUGAAAUAGUCGGCUGCAGUGGAAUAUUUGCUGAUACUCAAUUGAUUUAUUCGCCAGUCUUCUUCAUGUUUAUGAUUUUCAAAUUCUGUUUGCCAAUAUGGUCGUUGCUAGCUGUUCUCGAGCCACUUCCUACCGGAAUAUCCUAUUCAGAAAUCCUAGCAACCAGCCACAGUGGGAGUUUAUCUGGUGCAUGCGGUGGCCAUUCUGUCGGCUCACCCUAUCGAGUCCUUCGUAGUUACGUCUUUGAUGACAAUGCACAUAUUUUAGGUCUAGGCAGUUCUCCUCGCAGUCGGAGUAACAGCGGCUCUACCAACUCUGACAAUUCAGAGUUCUCUGCACGCCAUUUGUUUCACGGUCGUGUGGUGCCGACGCUCUACAUUCCUGGGCACGGACACAUUCUACCUCCAGCUCCUCGUCCGGCUGCUCAAGGAUGGAACAACCCACGUGAUUACUGGCGAUCACGUCAACGAGUCAGUUCGUCGGGCCAGUUAUCAGCCAUGGUCAGAAAUCCUUCAUUAACCAUCAUUUCAGAAGAAAUCAACAGCCUGAAUGGAUCACCUAAUCAACCACAACCUGAGCUUCAACGCACUUCGACACCGGUGUCCGAUGGCAACCGUCAAAAUUUGCUCGUCGACAUUCACAUUGCUGAAGACGAUAACGUCGAAGACGUCGAAGCGUAAACAAAAAAAUCUCCGGGAUUAUCGAAAAAUCUUUUCCACUAUUUCGUUUAUUUUCAAACCGAUUUUUGGACCGUCGAGUAUUCGUGACCCGUUUAGUCGCAAUACCUCAAGUUUUUUUAAAAAGUCAUUUAUUCUUUAGGAAAAUCAACAAGCACGUAAUAUUUUGUUCCCUCUCUCUUUCUAGACAAAUAUCUCUCAAAAUGUUGAGAGCGUUUUUUUUUCACUUUUUCAUGACAAAAACCUUGCUCAGAAUAUCGCUGUGAAUGUUACGUUACUAUCGCCGCCUUUAAAAAAAAAAACUAACGAAUUUUGUGAUACACCUUUCGUAAUGCUUCCUUGAUGCGGGAUCUUCGUGUGUUGUAUCCAGUCAAAAACCGUGAAAAACUAUAAAUAACUGUAAUAGAUUUUAAUUUCUUUUAGUUUCUUUUUUCCAGAUCUCACACGAAAACCCCCUGAAAAAUCUCUUUCCCCCAUCAUCCUAACCUUCUUGUUGACAUCGGAGGAAUCGCUGAAUACACAUGACUGUGUCUCUCA